UUGUAAGCUUGGCAGAGGAUCGAACAAUCUGCCAGAUGAUAUGGAAAGUCUGGUAAUCGAGGAUUGUGAGGGCAUAGGCAUUAGGUCCUUGUCAGAUGUUUUUAAGAAUUUUAUAAAUUUAAACCACUUAUCUAGAUUGGAUAUUAAGGAUUCGGUUAGAAUAGAGUUCCUCUGUCAAUUGUCCUCUGCUUCUCCACGCGAUCAGUUGGAAGACUCGUCUUUCAGUCCACUCCGUGGUCUCCAAGUGCUAAGCCUCAAGAGGUUGCCAAAUCUGGUUGGUCUUUUUUACGGAGAAUCAGAACUAUAUUUGCUUCCAGCUGGCACCUUUUCUUCCCUUAGAGAAUUGAGCAUUUCUGGAUGUGACAACAUGAAGCAGCUAUUCACGGUGCAGUUGCUGCAGAGCCUUCAAAAUCUUGAAAACUUAGACGUUUUCCAUUGUGGAGGACUGGAGGAGAUAGCAGCAGAUGGCAAUGGAGUAGGGCAAGGAGAAGGAGAAGGCAGCCAAUUGACUUCAAGUGAAGGAGCCACAGCCAAUGUCAUCAUCCUUCCGAAAUUGAGGCAGUUGAAUCUGUAUUGCCUGCCACAACUGAAGAACGUUUGCAAGGCAGCCAUGAUCUGCGAUUCAAUUGAGGAUAUUGUAAUAUUUUAUUGUCCAAAUUUAAAGAGGCUGCAUUCGUUUCUUUCCACCAUCGACGGACCACCAUAUUUGCUUCCAGCUGGCACCUUUUCUUCCCUCAAAAAAUUGAGCAUUUCUGGAUAUCAUGACAUGAAGCAGCUAUUCACGGUGCAGUUGCUGCAGAGCCUUCAAAAUCUUGAGGAAUUAGAAGUUGAAGAUUGUGAAGGACUGGAGGAGAUAGUAGCAGAUGGCAAUGGAGUAGGACAAGGAGGAGGAGAAGGCACCCAAUUGACUUCAAGUGAAGGAGCCACCACCACUGUCAUCCUUCCGAAAUUACGGAGGUUGAUUUUGAAAAACCUGCCACAACUGAAGAGCAUUUGCAAGGCAGCCAUGAUCUGCGAUUCAAUCUCUGAGAUUACAGUGUUCGGUUGUCUAAAUUUAAAGAGGCUACCUUUGUUUCUUUCCACCAUCGACGGACCACCAUCUCUUCCCAGCACUCUUCAUAAAAUCUGGGGAGAUAAAGAAUGGUGGGAAUCAUUAGAGUGGGACAAUCCUACUGCCAAAAAUGCCCUUGACCCAAUUUUUUCCACACAGCGAUGGGGUAAUUGGAGACCGGUUCUCAUGUAGCCACAAAACUGCUGCAGCAAGAGAGGUGAUGUUGCAAAAACAAGUGUUAAUUGAAGCCUUGUCCACCAGCGCCAAAUUUCAUUUCAGUACAUACUUCUUCCUUAGCUGAAUUACAGUUGCUGUUUUUCAUCAUGUGUAGCUUUCUAUUCCUACAUAGAUGAUGUUUUUUCUACACUUGAUUGUAACUGGAGCAGUGAUACAGUUUUCUGUGACUAUUCCUUGAUACAUUUCCAUUAUGCUCUGAAAAAAUGCAAGUGCCAAAAUGGCAGGUCAGGGAAUACGGGAUGGUACUCAAAUUUGAUGUAGUCAACCGUUCUGUUGAGUUAUUGAAAAAAAGGGUACGAAAA